GUUACGGUUUCUUCUAUAACCAUAGACAAUACGAAAACAUGCUUCCGUUAAACUGCUUUACCGACACGGCUCAGAAUUUUGUCACUAGAUGGAGUUUCUUUCAAAAAUUCGCCAAUCGGCCACCAUUGUUGGAAGUGAUUUUACAGCAUUUUGUCGAAAUUUGUUUAAUUUGUGAUACUUCUCGGCAAAAUACAAAGCUAAACUCGAAGGAUCUGCACACGUCGUAAGGGAGAAGAGUUACGCGGGCGAAGGCUUGAAAGUUGCCGGCAUCAUUAUGGUGGACUGAGAGGGUGUUUGUUGUGGGACUCAGCUGGACUCGCGUCGAGAACCGCCAUGUCCGGCUCGCAGCACAACCCGAACGGGCGGCAGUCGCAACUGGGCUCUAGCUGGAGCCCCCUGCAGGUGUUGCAGAUGGCGAACCUGCUGGCGCGCGCGCCCCAGGCCCACAUGGCGUCCGAGCGCGGCGUGACGUGGCACACGCCCACCCCCCCGCCGCACCUCUACCACGUGCCGCAGCCCUCACCCCCUGAUCCGCUGCAGGCCAUGAAGGGCGCGGGCAACUCUGUGUUCCGGCACACGGUCACGCCGCCGGAGCUCUACCGCCACACGCCCACACCGCCCGACAAGCAUCUACUCAGACAUACUCCGUCGCCCGGCGACGUGAAAGUUGGCGCCGCGUUGCCUCCGGCCGACUUGUACGCACAUCUGGGACCAGGUAGAGAGAAGCUGGCGCGCGGCGCGGAGCUGGCGGCGGGCUACGGGCGCGGCGUGGACCUGUCGCUGGGCGCGCGCAACGGCGCCGCGCUGUCCGUGCGCGACGCGCCCACCAUCAACUCCCUCGUGGCGCGCGCGCCGCGCCACCACCGCGUCGACGAGCUGCUCGAGCGCCUCGCGCAGCCGCCCGGCGUCAUCGUCGCCGCGCAAGCGCUGCCCACCCCCUCCCCGCCCUCCUCCAACGAGGACUCGCCCGACUCCGCGCUAGCGCCCAAGCGCAAGAGGAAACCCGACCGCACCCUCCGAGUGCCCGCGCCGCCGCUGCCGCUGCCGCUGCCGCUCGCCCGCGCGGCGUCGCCGCCCCGCGCGCCGGGGGAGAUGAACGGCGCGUCGCCGCCGAGGAACGGCCCGGGGUCCCGCCCGCCGCCGGAGCCCCCGGUCCGGAGAAAAACGCGCUCCGGCUCCGCGGAGACUAUCGACGAUAUCGCGGCUAUGAUUGCCAAUACGGACCGAAAGGUGGAGGAGCCUGCGCCGAAAGAACCGGAAAAGCCCGUCGAACCACCCGUUACCAUUGACAAGCUAAAGAGGGUGCUCGCGAGUGAUACUGAACACAAGCCGGAUGAAGCUCCCAACUCACCGCCGAAGGUUCAGCAGCAGAUGGAGGAGACCCCGUCGGAUCCAGCACCCGCUUCCGCCCCCUUACCGUCGCCGUCCCCGGGCGCGGGGGAGGGAGGGGCGGCGGCGGCGGGAGGGGCGGCGGCGCCGCGCCGGCGCGCCGCGCGCGCGGCCUCGGCCUGCACCAACGUGCCCGUGGAGUCCCCCUCCGAGGCCAAGCCCGCCGAGCCCGCGCAGCCCGCGCACCCCGCCGACCCGGCGCACCCCCACCCCGCCCCGCCCGCCGAGCCCGCCGCCGCCAGCUUCGUGGAGGUCGAGAACCAGCUGGAGAAGAUGUUCGCGGGGAUCGAGGAGGCUCCGGUUAAUCAGGAAGGCGACCAACCAGUAGAAAAAGAGAAACCUCAAACCACGAAAGCGCGGAAGCGGCGGAAAUCGGCGCCCACCAAGGGCGAGAGGAAAGCCCUGCGGCGCGCCGCCCGCGCCGACACCGGCGACAAGAAGAAGCCGGGACGGAAGGCCAAGGACAAGGACGCGUACGACUCCGGCAGCAACGCCAGCUCCGGCCGCUCCAGGGGGCCCUACGUGCAGAUCCGUGGUCCGCGCGACUCUCCGCUUUCCGUGUCGGUGAUCAACGCGGCGACGGGCGAGGACGAGGAGCCCGCGCGGCGCAAGGACGAGUUCCGCAAUGGGCUGCGCACGCGCGGCCUGCACUGCAGCACGCUCGGCUUACGGUACGACGCGACGACGCCGGACGCGACGUGGCUGUGCGUGUUCUGCGAGCGCGGGCCGCACGCCGCCGGCCUCGGGGACCUCUUCGGGCCCUACCCCCUCGACACCGACUGCGACGAGUACAGAGCAUUGGACGAGGCGACGCGACGAAAAUAUGAAGCGGCCGGUUCAGCCUGGCUGCACGAGGCUUGUGCCGUGUGGGCGCCCGGCCUGCUCGCCGCCGGCGCCAGGCUAUGGGGACUCGCCAGCGCGGUGUGGUCGUGCCGGGGCACUUGCUGCACUGUGUGCGGCGGCGGCGGCGCGGGGCUGGCGUGCGGGUGGCGGGGCUGCCGCGCGCGCGCGCACGUGCCCUGCGCGCGCGCGCACGCCUGGAGCCUCGACCACCGCGCCUUCCGCGCCGCCUGCCCGCGCCACACGCCGCCCAGCUAA